UUUUGCUCCCACUCGCACCACAUGACACAGACCAGACUGGCUCGACCCAGCGGCCCGGAAGGGGGCGGUGUCGCCGGAGCGAUUACGUAAUAAGGCGUCGCGCCGUGGGUGACGCGUAGUGUGGACGACGUCGGACUGCGCCUGUCACUCCCCGGGCGUGUUGCAGAGAAGAAACGGGCGCCAUGGCGGUUCUGCUGGAGACCACUCUGGGCGACAUCGUCAUCGACUUGUACACGGAGGAGCGUCCGCGCGCCUGCUUGAAUUUCCUGAAGCUGUGCAAAAUAAAAUAUUACAAUUAUUGCCUUAUUCACAAUGUCCAGAGGGAUUUUAUUAUACAAACUGGUGAUCCUACAGGGACUGGCCGUGGAGGAGAGUCUGUUUUUGGUCAACUGUAUGGUGAUCAAGCAAGCUUUUUCGAGGCAGAAAAGGUGCCAAGAAUUAAGCACAGGAAGAAAGGCACCGUUUCCAUGGUGAACAAUGGCAGCGACCAGCAUGGAUCUCAGUUUCUUAUUACCACAGGAGAUAAUCUAGAUUACCUUGAUGGUGUUCAUACAGUGUUUGGUGAGGUAACAGAAGGCAUGGACAUAAUUAAGAAAAUUAAUGAGACCUUUGUUGACAAGGAUUUUGUACCGUAUCAAGAUAUCAGAAUUAAUCAUACAGUGAUUUUGGAUGAUCCAUUUGAUGACCCUCCUGAUUUAUUAAUUCCUGAUCGAUCACCAGAACCAACGAGGGAACAACUAGAUAGUGGCCGAAUAGGAGCAGAUGAAGAAAUUGAUGAUUUCAAAGGAAGAUCAGCUGAAGAAGUAGAAGAAAUUAAGGCAGAAAAAGAAGCCAAAACUCAAGCUAUUCUAUUAGAAAUGGUGGGAGACCUACCUGAUGCAGAUAUUAAACCUCCAGAAAAUGUGCUGUUCGUGUGUAAAUUGAAUCCAGUGACCACAGAUGAAGAUCUGGAGAUAAUAUUCUCAAGAUUUGGACCAAUAAGGAGUUGUGAAGUUAUCCGUGAUUGGAAGACAGGAGAAUCCCUCUGUUAUGCUUUUAUUGAAUUUGAAAAGGAAGAAGAUUGUGAGAAAGCAUUCUUUAAAAUGGACAAUGUACUUAUAGAUGACAGAAGAAUACAUGUGGAUUUCAGCCAGUCUGUUGCGAAGGUUAAAUGGAAAGGAAAAGGUGGAAAAUACACCAAGAGUGAUUUCAAGGAGUAUGAAAAGGAACAGGAUAAAUCAUCUAAUUUGGUUCUGAAAGAUAAAGUAAAGCCCAAACAGGAUGCAAAAUAUGACCUUAUACUAGAUGAGGAGGCAGAAGACUCAAAAUCAAGUCACUCACACACAAGCAAAAAACACAAGAAGAAAACCCGUCAUUGCUCUGAAGAAAAAGAAGAUGAGGACUACAUGCCAAUCAAAAAUACUAAUCAGGAUAUCUACAGAGAAAUGGGGUUUGGCCACUAUGAAGAAGAAGAAAGCUGUUGGGAGAAACAAAAAAGUGAGAAGAGAGACCGACCUCAAAACCGCAGUCGUAGCCGAUCUCGAGAAAGGGAUGGCCACUACAGUAACAGUCACAAACCCAAAUACCAGGCGGGUCCCCAUGAAAGAGAAAGGAGUAGAAAGAGGGACCGAAGCAGGAGUCCCAGGAAAUCCAAAGAUAAAGAAAAAUCUAAGUAUAGAUGAAAGAUCAAGAAUCAGACAUGAGGAGCUAAAAUAUAUUUUACUCUCAUCUAAGAGUACUAGAAGUUCUGAUUUUUGUCAAAGCAGUUAAAGACUCUGCUUUUUUUUUCCCCACACUAUGCUUAUGGCCCCGUAUAGAUUAAUACUGAUUGUAUAGGGCACAGAAAGACAAUAAAAAAUUGAACAUUUUCUUUGUAUACUUUUUUACACUAAUGUUAUUGUUAUACAUAUAAAUAGCCUUCAUUUUUAAGUCUUUCACAUUUUCCACUUUUUGAAAAUGAAGUAUUUCAUACUUAUAAAAAUACACAAACAUGUAUAUAUAUAAGGUAUAAAGAAUAAUAAGUAUCUGUAUACCCAUCAGCCAGCUUAGGAAAUGAACCUUAUCUGCAUUUUAGAAGUCUCUUAUGCCCUCUCCUUCUCAAGUAAUUAUUAGUAUGAAUUUUGUGUUUGUUAUUCUCUUGCUUGUUAUAGUUUUACAACACAUGUAUGUAUCCCUAAAGGAAAUGUUAAGUUUUACAUGUUUUUGAAUUUUAUAUAAAUGGUAUAAUGU